ACAUGAGAGGAAGGAAAAUAAUCCCGAAUUGACAAAUUUUUACUUGUUAAUUUUUCAUGCUGUACUAAUUGAUAACAAUUUAAUUCGACUUUUUAUGCCCGUGGCACUAGCUGCUAAAAUACUAAUAUCACUUAACAUUUAUUUUAUCACUUCUCGAAGCGACAAGAGACAUGGCAUCCUCAUCAGGCGCUGGCGCCGGCACAAGCACCGACUCUGACGGAGGCGAGCAGGAGGACCCCUCAUCCUCUUCACUCUUCGAGGUUGCAGAGGCUCUUGAGGACUUGAGCUUGGACAAUGAUGAUGAUGAUUCUUCGAAUAAGGAGGGCUCGGACGAGUUGGCAGCUUUCCGGCAGCAGUGGCAGCGCGAGCUGGACGCUACGCCGUCGCCGCAGCGCGAGUCAGCCACGCAGGAACCCACAGAACCCUUGACUGAGGAGGACAAGGCAAAGCAGCUGUUUCGCGAGGGCGUGGACCUAGAGCGACGUGGAAAGUUGUAUGAGGCCAUACAACAUUACAAGCGAGCCAUGCAAAUACUGCCCGACGUGGAAACGCGCUUGUAUGAAAGCACUGAGCCGAAGGACAUGCCUGAAGAAGAGUCAGAAACAGAAGAGGUGGUACGCGUGGAGACGGAAGCUGAUGAUGAUGAUGAAGAUUUCAUAGAAGGCGAGGACAUACUCACAAGAUUGCAGCGGUUGCAAGCGAAAAAGGGCGUCCUGUGCGAACCAGAAGUUGCCAUAAGGGGCGCGCAUAUAUCCUGGCUACCUUAUGAAGUAAUUCUGCUGAUUAUGCGAUGGGUGGUCAGCUCAGAGUUGGACGCAGCUUCCCUGGAGCGACUGGCAGCGUCAUGCCGAGGUCUAUACGUGGCGGCCCGAGAUAUGGACCUCUGGCGGGCGUUGUGUGUAAAAACAUGGGGCAUAGACUGCGACGCGCCGCGCGCCCACGGCUGCACAUCCUGGCGACACAUGUACAUACAACGACCCAGGAUCUUACUACAUGGCUGUUAUAUAAGCAAGACGACCUACCUGCGCCACGGGGAGAACUCCUUCCAGGACCAGUUCUACCGCCCGUGGUACCUCAUCGACUACUACCGCUACCUCAGGUUCUUCGCAGACGGAGUGGUUAUAAUGUGGACGACCCCUGACGAGCCGGUGGCCUGCGUGUCUCAGCUGAAGAGCCGGCAGCGACUAGCGCCUGGGGCGUUGCCGGGGCACUACAGACUUGUUGGAGACAAGGUUGUGAUCGUGGUAAAGAAAAGCAACGACAAGAAACCAGCACAGACCACCAACACGCGGUUCCGGUCGCGACGCAAGGAGACCCACGAGCAUCACGACACCAUCUAUCACCUGGAGCUCCAACUGCGCUCAGUCCGCAACCGCAACAACUGGCAGCUGCAAUGGCGCGGCUACCGCGUCUCCACCCGCAAGGAGCAGUGGACGCAGUUCGAGCUGUCGCCCGCCAAGUUCCCGCCGUUCGCGUUCAGCCGAGUCCGCGCCUACACCGCCGAGACUCAUGCGCCGCUGUGAGUCACUCUGUACAGGCUACAUGUACCACUAGUACUACAUACAGGCUACGUGUACCACCCGCAAGGAGCAGUGGACGCAGUUCGAGCUGUCGCCCGCCAAGUUCCCGCCGUUCGCGUUCAGCCGAGUCCGCGCCUACACCGCCGAGACUCAUGCGCCGCUGUGAGUCACUGUACACAGGCUACAUGUACCACUAGUACUACAUACAGGCUACAUG